GUCUGAAAGUAUUCCCGAUCACAUGGAGCAACAGGCUUCGCCUCCUGCUACCACUCCCAAUCAGUCGACUGGCAAUACCGGCGUUUCACCAACAACCCAGUCUCCGAACGUACAAUCAACACAAACACGAUCAACACCACCACCGCAACAAGCUGUUGCUGGGGAUCUUAACUUUUUGAGAAGUCAACCGCAAUUUCAGCAAUUGCGACAUUUAGUUCAGCAGAAUCCAGCACUCUUGCCUGCAUUGCUCCAACAAAUUGGACAGGCAAAUCCCCAGUUAUUGCAGCUCAUUAAUUCAAACCAAGAUAUGUUUAUGCAAUUAUUGCAAGAGUCCGGAGGUGAGACAACCGGAGGAGGUCCUCAGCCCCAGUACGUCCAAGUGACACAAGAGGAAAAGGCAGCCAUAGACAGGCUCGAGGCUUUAGGAUUUGACAGAAUGCGCGCUAUUGAGGCGUUCCUCGCUUGUGAUCGUAAUGAGGAGCUGGCUGCUAAUUACUUAUUUGAUCAUGGGAAUGAUGAAGAUUAA